AUGUCGCGCAUCGAGGGAAUGACUGUCCAGGGAAUCCGUUCCUUUGGUCCCCUGGUCCGUGAACAGAUCACCCUCAAUACCCCGCUGACCUUGAUCGUCGGGUACAAUGGCUCGGGCAAGACAACCAUCAUUGAGUGUCUCAAGUAUGCCACAACCGGCGACCUGCCACCCAACAGCAAAGGUGGUGCCUUCGUGUACGAUCCCAAACUUCACACCAACAAAGAAGUCCCAGCUUCUGUGGUCCUCAAGUUCAAGGGCACGGAUGGGACGAGAUAUAUCGUCAACCGCCAUCUCAAAGUCACCUUGAUGAAGACUGGGAACCGCAAAUUCCAAACCCUUGAGACCUCGAUCAAAGAGGUCCUUCCCAAUGGAGAAAAAAACACCAAGUCGUCCAACGUUGGACAGGUCGAUGAGAUGGUGCCCAACCGCCUAGGUGUAGCACCUGCCAUCCUUGACUCGGUCAUCUUUUGCCACCAGGACGAGUCGCUCUGGCCCAUGAGCGAGCCAUCAGCCCUCAAGAAGAAAUUUGACGAGAUAUUUGAGGCCCAAAAGUACACCAAAGCCAUUGAACAACUAAAAGUGGUUCGGAAAAAACAGGCCGAGGAGCUUCGUAAACUCCAGGUCCAUCACAAGCACAACGAGGAGAACAAAGACAAGGGCCAGAAGAACCAGAAAUUGUGCCAGCAGCUGACUGAUGAAAUUGAGAAAUGCCGCGAGAGGGUGAGUGCCAUCGACAAAGAAGUGAACGAACUUCGGCAAGAAGAGAGAGCGUCCCGCGAGGAGGCCAACGAGUUCCUGAGUAUCAUGAACGACCUUAAAUACAACAUGGACCAGUUUCAGUUUAGGCAGAGCAAUGUCGACGAGCUUCGCGAAUCUAUUCAGAUGAUGAACGAGGACGACGAUGAGCUUCGGAGAGCACUCGAUCAGUACGGGACCCGACUUGAGCGACUGCAAACUGACAUCGACCAAAACUCGUCGGAUUACCGAAGCUUACAGGACGAGGUCAGCAAAACUGAGAACAAUCUAAAUACGAAGCUCGGCGAAAAGGGUAGGCUUCAGUCGGACAAGGACAAGUACGAACGCCAGCUGCAAACUCGCGUUGAAAUGAUCCAGGCAGCAGCGCAUGCCCAUGAGAUACGAGGGUUUGAUGGUGACUUGGAUGACGUCCAAGUUCGACUUUUUAAUGAAAAGAUCCACGGAAUCUUCAACAGCAAGAAGAAGGAGCACGAGCAGUUGCAAAGUCGGAUCUCGCGCGAGGCGGAUACGGCGAAUAGAGGCAUCUCAGAGCUAGAAAACACGAAAAAUGCCAAGACCUCCGAGAGGACAUUUGCGAAACAGAAAAAAGCCGAAAAUGAUCGCAAGGUCAAGCGUCUUCAGACAGACGUGGACUCGGUGAAGUGUGACGAGGUUCUCAUCGAUCGUCUUGAAAGUGACAAGACGUUGCUGAACGAUCGCUACCAACAAGCCCAGGCGGGACUUGUAAGCAAUGACUUCGAUGAGAAGAUACGAGAGACGCAGAAGGAACUGCGCGAGCUGGAGCAGCAGGGCGACGACCUAAACAGCGAGCUUGUCAACUGUACCCGGCUUGCCUCUGAGCUGGCUCAAUUGGAUCUACGCAAGACAGAAGCCCGAGACCGUGAGGCAAGCCUGAAUAAUUUGACCACGCGGUGGAGCAAGAUGCUCGGUGAACAGGUGCGACCUGACUGGAAAUUGGAGUCCCUCGAUGCCGAUUUCAGGGCCAAAUUGAGCGAGAAGACUGCUGCUCUAGACAAAGAGAAGGAUGCAUGUGACCAGUUGCAGCAGAAACUGAAGCAAGUGGAUUACAAGCUCUCUGAAGCCAGCAAGCAGCAUCAGAAGUUAACGGAUAACAAGGCGGUCAGUGAAGCAGCUGUUCUGGAUGUUCUCAAAGAAACGGUGGAAGAUCCAUCAGCAGUCACAAUUGAUGCAUACAACGACGAACUGGAAGAUCUGGAGACAACGAAAAUGGAACUCGAGAAGGAUUUGAGUUUGUUUGAUCAUAUGAAGCUGUACUGGACCCAGGCGCAGACUUGUUUGCAAACGAAGAACAAGUGCCACAUGUGCGAUCGUCCCUUUGACGAGGACCGCUCCAAAUCGAAACUUGUGGCAAAGAUUAACAAACAUCUCAACGAUGAAUCAAAGGCCGAGUUGGAGCAAGAAUUUCGUGAUGCUGAUAAGAAGUUGGACCGUUUGCGGGAGGUUCGCCCAAAACACGAUACUCUCUUGCGGCUUGCGAAAGAGUUGCCGGCAAGUGAGAAGGCGAUUGACGAAGCCAGGAGGGAGAGGGACGACGUCUUGGGAAAGCUCGAGGUGGCAGACAAGCACCGAAGGGAAGCAAGCGAGAAGAUGGAAGGGCUACAGUCGGUCUCUAGCGUCGUUUCUGAAAUCACGCAGCUGGCCAAGGCAAUCACGGAUGCAAAGGAGCAGAUCGAACAUUUGGAAAGAUCCCAGAAGCAGUCCGGCGGAUCGACACGUACCCCCGGAGAGGUGGACGAAGCACGGGCGAUCUGCACAGAAGAGACGCGGAAAGUCAAGAAGCGACUCGACAACCUGACUGCAGACAGGCAACGAAGCCGCGACCUCGUCAGCAACCUCGAACUAGAGAGCAGUAAGCUUGAUGGCAAGCUUGCUCAAGCGAGACAGCUUAUGGACAAAAAGCAGAGCUUAUCUAGUGACCUCAAGUCAUUGAAGGAGGACAACCAGGCGCAGGAUGCGAAGAUUUCCGAAAUUGAUGCGCAGCUCAUUGAGCUCCAACCCAAAAUCGAUGCCGCGAGAGCGCAGCGUGACGACGCUCUUGCAACUGGGCGCAGGAAGGCAGAAAAGGUAGCCGAGGAACGUGAUACCGUUGCACGCACCCUCAAUCAACUGAAGAUCAUUGAGGAUGACAUCCAAGCCUAUGCGGACCGCGGCGGGGAGUCCAAUCUGGCCUCGGUUGAGAGAUCCAUCCAGGGUCUCCAGCAACUGCUCACUCGACAGAAAGGCGAGAUGGAAGAACUCAUGAAACGCAUCAAUUCGCAGAAGGAGGAGCUGUCACAAGGCGAUUGGAAUAAGAAGAAUAUCAGGGACAACCUCAAGUUCCGAGAGAACUGCCUUCUCCUCGAAAAGUUGAAGGAGAAAAUCGAACGUUUGAAGUCCGAAGACGCGGAGAAGGACUACGACCGCCUCAUUACUCAAGCCAAGAAACUUGACCGCGACAUCAGUGUUCUCACAGCCGAAAGGAGCGAAGUGAUUGGUCAGAGCAGGGCCACGGACAACGACUUAAAGCGGCAGAUUGAACUCUACGAACAAGAAUACAGGGACGCCGAGGACAAAUUCAGAGAAUCCAGUAUUCAGAUGAUGGCUACCAAGGGUGCCAUUGCCGAUCUGGCCACAUUUGGCGACUCGCUGGACAAGGCCAUCAUGCAGUACCACUCGAUCAAGAUGGAGGAAAUCAACCGCAUCGCGAGUGAUCUGUGGCGCGCGACGUACCAAGGCACUGACAUCGACACGAUCGCCAUCCGCUCGGAGAACGAGAACGCGUCAUCGACUGGCACGCGGCGAAACUACAACUACCGCGUCAUCAUGGUCAAGCAGGACACAGAGAUGGACAUGCGCGGCCGCUGCUCGGCGGGACAGAAGGUGCUGGCCAGCAUCAUCAUCCGGCUGGCGCUGGCCGAGUCGUUCGGCGUCAACUGCGGACUGAUCGCGCUGGACGAGCCCACGACCAAUCUGGACAGCGACAACAUCAGGUCGCUGGCCCAGAGCCUGCACGGCAUCAUCAAGGCGCGCCAGGCGCAGGCCAACUUUCAACUCGUCGUCAUCACGCACGACGAGGAGUUCUUGCGCCACAUGCGGUGCUCCGACUUCUGCGACUCAUUCUUCCGAGUCAAGCGUGACGAGAACCAGUGCAGUACGAUCAAGAAGGAGAAUAUAUCAAUGAUUACGGACUAG